CGAUCCGGCCAUCGACCCGGGAAUUUGCUGCGGAAGAGUGACCCCCACAUUUGCCGAAGGUGCAAAGAAGACCAGAAUGGCGGAGGAGUCCGAUCCGAAACCUUCUUCUGUCAGCAACUCCUCCGCCGUCAACGGCGGUAGAACGGUGGAGGAAUGCCAAGACAUGAUUCAAAGAAGCUUCAGAACUCCAAUGGUGAAAUUCUUGAAGGAACAUUUGGAGAAAUCUGGAUGCAGUAUUGGGGAUAAGUUCAUCAAGGCCGUUCAUUGUGACAAGCAUAUCAGUGGCGGUUACGUCCGGGGCGAGGGGAUAGUGGUAUGUAGUAAUCACAUGAACAUUCAAGAUGAGGUCAAUCAAGUUGUUAUUCAUGAGCUCAUUCAUGCAUAUGAUGACUGUCGUGCUGCAAACUUGGACUGGUCUAAUUGUGCUCAUCAUGCCUGUAGCGAGAUUCGUGCUGGUCAUCUAAGUGGUGAUUGCCACUACAAGCGGGAAUUGUUGCGGGGUUUUGUGAAGAUAAGAGGUCAUGAGCAGGAUUGUGUGAGAAGAAGAGUUAUGAAAUCGGUCAUUGCUAAUCCUUAUUGCACUGAGGCAGCUGCUAAGGAUGCCAUGGAAGCUGUCUGGGAUGUUUGUUACAAUGAUACAAAACCCUUUGACAGAGCUCCUUGAUAUAUUUGGCAAUCAUGACUCCUAUUUCAAUUUCUAAUCAGUUGGUGCUCCAAAUCUCUACGGAAUGGUAUUUGAUUCAUAUUUGACAAUGGAUGUUGAAGAGAUGAGAUUUAGUUCCUUACACUUCUAGUAUCCGAGUCAGAUAUGAUGAAAUCAUAAAACAGGUUCAUAUUUUCAGAUUUUCCCUUCAUUUUCCAAUUGAACAGAGGAUAUAACCAUUUUUGGGUUCUUAUUCAUUUAUACGCAUUCAAUUUCCUGAGAUUACAUCUAGAGAAGGGUCAUUUAUCUUUCUUUUGUUACCAUUCACUUCCCCUCUACAAUUCUUCAUUUCAAAGCGCAUCUGUUGGACCAGGCAUGUUUUACUGUGAUAAUAAUAAAGGGAUGCUAUAAUUAGUCGAAGUGACUUACGAUGAAA